CUACCCGCUCCCGACACACGCCCCCUGCAACACUCUCCGGCGCUCCUACCCUGCGUGUUAAAUCGAGAUUGAGAUGGCGAGUUUCUCCCCGUAAGGCAGCAAUCGCUAUCACAGCGACCAGCCGUUUCCUGGCACAGGGGCCACUUGAACCUCCAGCCAUCACCCUCACUAGCGGAUCCCCUCUCUACCCUCCGACUCCUCGCUGCCCCACACAGUACUUGCAGUAACGCUGUCGGUUACAUCCUUUGUGUCAAGCUUUUGUGGAGUCGUCCUGACUAUGUGUGUUUGAAUAUCGUGAUGUCAACACCCUACUCCCAGUGACUAGCGUUAUACCGCAGUGUUCCGCACAGGACAAGGAUAUUCGUUCAUUGGAUACAUUGCAAGAAAGGCCCCACCAGUCGAUGACAGACACGAGUCCCCGAGCACCAUCAAGUGAUGUAUGUUCAUAUGUCUGCGAUCAUAGCCUGUGAACAGAAGAUCGAUAAACAGACCUACAUACGUGCACGCUUACUUGACAUGACCCGGAACAUACUAUGUGAGGUGGUUCUUAUAAACUUGUGAGAACCCCAGUCCACUGCGAUACCGUUAUGGCUGAAGAGGACAACCAAUGGUCAACGUGAACAACGCAGCUAUGUGGUCACCGACGGUCAUCUGCUGGGUGACUGUGAUGGCGGUAGGGGUGCUGGCGCCACCCACAGCAGCCAACACCACCAUCACUCUGGCCUAUCUCACUGAACACAAAGGCGGUUUCAAACACGUUGGAGGGGCGUUUUUCCUGGCGAUGAAAGACCACAAACAAAUGUUAUCCAAACAUGGAGUAAAGAUUGAGUAUGUGCUCCGAGACACACACGGAAGUGACGUCCGUGGUUAUAAGCAGAUGAUGGAGGUGGCAGCUUCUGACAAUGUUACAGCCUUCUUCGGACCAGACCGGUACUGUUCGUGUAUCGCAAGCGUAGCUACGGCUCUGGAUAUCCCUUAUAUUGCUUAUGACUGUGUGUACACCCCCAGCGAGAGCAACAUGAAGAAGUACCACGUUGUGAGCACCCAGCCCUCUGACGUCAAGGUCGCCCCCUUCAUCAUCUCCUUCCUCAAGUACAACAACUGGACGUCCUACACCAUCAUCAGCGGGCUCACCGACCGCUGGAAGGAGACCACCCGUGUCCUUGGGAACCUCACCAGCGAAAUCCACAUCACGGACGUCAGAGAGAAUGACGUCAACGACCGAUACUUCCCCGGUGUCAACCAGACCAUAUUCGAGAACAUGAUUCGCAGUACUCGUGACAGAACGAGAAUCUAUGUCUUUCUCGGGGACUACGCAAGUCUGAUUCAAUUCGUCAUGGCGAUGCAAAGGCUUGGGCUGACGAAAACAGGAGAGUACGCUGUCAUAGCAACCGACCUCGACAGGAAGUCGGUCACGUACAGACAGAAGAAAUUCUUCCAGACAUUGAAGGAAGAACAUGACAUGAAAUUCAUACCCAAGGAACGCCUACAAGCCUUCCAGAACGUUGUUAUUCUCAUGCGUCUAACAAACGGAAGUACGGAGUGGAAUGAGAUGGACGAGAGAAUCGGCAAGAGAAACAUGCAAGAACCGAUUAACUUCGCACCGUAUCAAAACUUAACGUCCCCCUCGCCUUUGAAAGCCGCCUACUUGUACGACGCAGUGAAGCUGUAUAUCAAAGCUGUUGCGAGACAAGCCGAAGCAAAGGGGGACAUCUACAACGCGACUGCCAUCGUGGAACAGAUGAGGAACAGAUCAUACACAAGCAUCUAUGGGUUUGAGAUGCACAUCGAUGAGAAAGGCGACAACGUCGGCAACUACAGUCUCAUGAGCGUGGAAGUGGGCGACGACGGCCCGAAACCAAAGAUGAAGAACGUUGGGAUGUUCAAAACGAAAGAAAACAACUCGCAUGAAGUGAUUUUCCUUCCAUCUGAAAACAAUAUAGGAUGGAUCCUUGGCAAGCCGCCCCCUAGCGAGCCUGAAUGUGGAUUUCACGGGGACAAAUGUGCUGGAAAAAACUACGUCAUCAUCAUUAGUUGCAGCAUUACUGCGGGCAUAGCGUUAAUCUUCGUGGUGCUGAUUGUAAGACAUUAUCUGUACGAGCAGAAGCUAGACCGACUCCUGUGGAAGAUUGACCGGACAGAAAUCCAGUUCAUUUCUGAACCAAGCAUUGUUACCAACAGAAAACCGAGCAAGCACUACCACCGCUUGAUCAGUCUCCUGACGUCUAAAGACUCUGAGAUGGAGGACCUGUGUGAGCCACCCCCCCGGGCAGAGCACGAGCUGUCGGUGGGGAUGUACCGGGGGACGCAAGUGGUCAUCAAGCAGAUGACGAAGAAGUCUCUGGAGGUGACGAGGGCGAUGAAGAAGCAGUUGUUGCUGAGGAAGGAGCUGAACCAAGAGAACAUCUGCCGAUUUGUCGGCGUGUGUAUCGAGACUCCCCAAAUCCACAUCUUGUCCCAUUUCUGUCCCCGCCACAGUCUGCACGAUAUCAUAAGGAACAAGGACCCUCCACUCGACGACAUGUUUGUGUCCUCUCUACUCGCAGACCUCAUCAGGGGUAUGACGUUUAUACACGACAGCCGCAUCGUCUCCCACGGCAACCUCAAGUCCAGCAACUGCCUCGUUGACAGCCGGUGGGUGCUGCAGAUCACGGACUUCGGGCUGUACUCUCUGUUCAGUUCCAGCCAGUCCAGCAAACACGAGAACAAGUAUUACACCAGGUUAAAGUGGAAGGCCCCUGAGUUGCUGCAGGACGGCGUUCACGAGCCCCGGGGUACCCAGAAGGGGGAUGUAUACGCCUUCGCCCUCAUCCUGUAUGACAUCCAUAGUCGGAAGGGCCCCUGGGGGGACACUGACUUGACAGCAAAAGAGGUCGUACAACGUGUGCGGCAGCGCACCCCCAACAAGCCAUUCCGUCCCCCCACAGACACCCUCAAGUGCCAGCCCUACAUCAUUGAGUGUAUGCGGGACUGCUGGGCCGAGUACCCGGAUGUCCGACCGGACUUUAAGAUGAUCAAACAAAAACUUCGGGUCAUGCACCACGGCCUAAAGAACAACAUAUUUGACAAUAUGUUGGCGUUGAUGGAAAAGUAUGCAACGACGCUGGAGAAGCAGGUGGCGGAGAGGACGGUGGAGCUGUCGAUGGAGAAGAAGUUGACAGAGAACCUGUUAUUGAGGAUGUUGCCAAGGUCUGUAGCGGAUAGUCUCAAGCAGAACAAACCAGUCAUCCCUGAGCAGUACGAGUGUGUAUCAAUCUACUUCAGUGACAUAGUCGGCUUCACUUCGAUCGCGGCUCAAAGCACUCCGAUUCAGGUGGUGCACCUCCUAAACGACCUCUACAUCGUCUUCGACUCCGUCAUCGAGCACUACGAUGUCUAUAAGGUAGAGACAAUCGGCGACGCAUAUAUGGUGGUCAGCGGUCUACCAAUCAGAAACGAGGACAGACACGCAGGGGAAGUAGCCUCGCUUUCACUUCACCUGCUCAGCCGAAUCAAGUCCUUCCGGAUCAAUCACAUGCCAGAAGCUUCCAUCAGAAUUCGUAUUGGUCUUCACUCGGGGUCGUGUUGUGCCGGCGUGGUGGGGCUGAAGAUGCCACGGUACUGUCUGUUCGGGGAUACAGUCAACACAGCAUCAAGGAUGGAGAGUACUGGCGAAGCAAUGAAGAUUCACUGUAGCCAUCAGUGCAAGGACAAGUUGGACCAUCUCGGAGGGUACUGUCUGCAGGAGAGGGGCAUAGUCAGCAUGAAGGGUAAAGGGGAGCAGAAGACGUACUUCCUGACCGGCGAAGAUACAGCCCAUCGAAUACGACGGAUUUCCGAAGAAGCCAUGGGAAGAGAUGGACGCUGUGUGUCAGUUGGUAACUUAGACUAUGGGGAGAAGCCAUUCUCAGACCAGAGCGUUUACAGGAACAGCUAUCUCACCCCAAACGCCAACCCCACACACAGGAACUCGUGUCAGGGCGACCGACUUCCGGUGACACAGGAAGUGAACAGCGCCCCUGUCGAUCCGGAUAGUUCACUCGAGGAACCCGGUGAGACCCUUCAUCUUCUGUCCGCGCCGGACGCACGGGAGAUGACCGUUGUUUAUCAGAAUGGCGGACGAACGGACACUCGCCUCGGACGGUCAUCAUUGAGCUGUGAUGACAUGUCGGUCAGCAGCGGUCAUUCCAUGGGCCCCAUUAUAUAUUCAAGGAGCAACAGUCGAACGUGAUCAGUACACUUCAACCGUUUGUGUUCAUUAAUCCACUGUGCAGUACAUACUUCUUUAAGAGGAUAUUAAUAAUGACGUUAUGAGGAGGACAAGUUAUUGACUUAUUGAAGGUAUUAUAUACACUGCUGCCCAGAGGAUCAUUCCCCUUACACGAGGUCCAUACGCGUAAGGGGAAUGAACUUAUGGACAGUAGUGUACUUGAGGUUCUUAAGCAUUUGAAGGUACCCUCUACUCUUGUUAUGUUGUACCUAGGGAUUUUAAUGUUAGCCACUCCCUUUAUCUCAAAACUUCGGUUUUCUCGAAGAUAAAUGUACUCCCUUUUACCAAGGUCUGUUAUUGAUGUUCUCUAGGAUGUGUACAUACUUCUUGACCCUCUGAACGCAUUGUCACAAUAGUGUUCACCCUGUCUGCUUAAAGCGAAUCACGAGAUUGAUUUUUAUAUAUUUCUUCUCAUUAUAACAACUUUGAUUGUCUUCACUACCUCUUUAUUAUGCCACGUACACAUGAACACUGCAUGUGUGUAUGGAAUGCCUACAGACCCGUGCAAUAACAACUAACCCAAAGACAAUCGAAGCAAGCUUGGAACACUUUGCUAAUAAAUAUCCCAUAAUCCCACCAGUGAAAACGCAAAUUCCAUGCGAGGUCAAGAUGGCCACUGAAGUUUUUUUUGCAUGUUACGAGUCUCUUCGAUUACACGUGGUAUUGUAUAAACUACAAAUCGGACAAGUCUGACGAAGAAGGGAUUUCAGGUCAUGAUUCACGGAACACGUUUCUGGAUUGAAUGGUACUGCAGCGCCAAAAGACGGUAGUGCGUUUUGGCGAUGUGUUCUGGAUUGUAGUCAUGAUAUCUUUAUGCAAUGCAAACUUAUAGGUGAUUUGUUCUGGAUCUGUGUUGUCGAUGUGAGACAUGUUUGAUGUUAGACGCGGUCAGACAGGAUGGUGUGUUCUGACGAUGUCUUCAAUAUAUGUGUGGUACUUCCGGGUGUUGACGCCGCAAACCAGGUGAUGUGUUUUGGCGAUAUGUUCACAGUGUUCAUAAUUAUUGCCCGAGAAUGAUAGAGAAUGGUAUGUUUAUGCGAUAUGUUAAAGUUGUUAAUAAUCAUUACCCACAUUGGACACCGACUGUCAGAAUGAUGAGUUUUGGCGAUGUGUUUAGGAAGAUGUAAUUCAUAAUUGCACAUGUUGAAUGUCGACAAACAGAAUGCUGCGUUCUUGCGAUGUUAUCCCCUACUGCGCACGUUAAACGCCAAGUUACAGAGAAUGAUGUAUUCUGGUGAUGUGUUUAGUCAUAAAUACCUGUGUGUUCACAACAAGUAUUGCAAUGUUUCAGCUGUUCGCAUUUAAAUCUAUUAUGAUGUUGAUAUUUGAAAUAUUUUGAGAUUAAAUAAUUUUCUUGCA